GCGGCCGGAGUUUAGUCCCGGAGCGGCGGUGGCUGAAGCUGCGUGUCUGCGCGGGGCUCCUGCGGCCGCGUCGCGUCGGGACCCUGAUCGUCAUGGGGACAGAGACGAGAGCCGGGAGGAAGCAGCUGCUUCUCUUCACAUCGGUCAUCCUGUGCUCCCUGGCGCUGAGCAGGGGUGCGGUGUACACGUCGGAACCUGAAGUCUCCGUUGCUGAGAAUAAACCCGCCAAGCUGCCCUGCUCCUACUCCGGCUUCUCCUCUCCCCGCGUGGAGUGGAAGUUUGCCCAAGGUGACAUCACCAGCCUCGUUUGCUAUAACAACAAGAUCACAGCUUCAUAUGAGGACCGAGUUACCUUCUCACAUAGUGGCAUCACUUUCCAUUCUGUGACCCGGAAAGACACGGGCACGUAUACGUGUAUGGUCUCCGAUGAAGGCGGAAACACGUAUGGGGAGGUCACCGUCAAGCUCGUCGUGCUUGUGCCUCCCUCCAAGCCUACUGUCAGCGUCCCCUCCUCUGCCACCAUUGGGAGUCGGGCAGUGCUGACCUGCUCGGAGAAGGAUGGCUCUCCCCCUUCUCAGUUCUACUGGUACAAGGACGGGGUCCUGAUGCCCACGGAGCCCAAGAGCAACCGAGCCUUCAGCAACUCUUCCUACACCCUGGAUCACAGGACCGGGGAGCUGGUCUUCAACCCCGUUUCGGCCUCUGACACCGGCGAGUACACGUGUCAGGCACAGAAUGGCUAUGGGACCCCCAUGCGGUCAGACGCUGUGCGCAUGGAGGCCGCGGAGUUGAAUGUGGGGGGCAUCGUGGCAGCUGUCCUUGUGACGCUCAUUCUCCUUGGAUUCUUGAUUUUGGGCAUCUGGUUCGCCUAUAGACGAGGCUACUUUGACAGAACAAAGAAAGGGACCUCGAGUAAGAAGGCGAUUUACAGCCAGCCCAGUGCCCGCAGCGAAGGGGAGUUCAGGCAGACUUCGUCAUUCCUGGUGUGACCCUGGUCCGGCUCAUCUCCUGUCCUCUGUGCUUGCCUUACGCUGGUGCUACCAGACUCUGGCCCAUGAUGUCUGUACUUUCA